CCACCGUCGCAUGGGCAACCAUGUUGUUUUUUGUGAUCUGUCAAAUCUCAAUAAUUAUCUGUCAAACGUCAUUACAGUUUUAAAGUUAGUCAAGUGAAGUUUUGCGUUGAUUAAAUUCCGUAACUUAUUCUCUUAAUUUCUAAAGCUGUAAUAGCGUUUUUAAGUUGGUCGAGUGAAGUUUUGCGUUGAUUCAAUUCCGUAACUUAUCCUCCCAGUUUUUGAACCUGCAAUCGUGUUUUGAAACAAUGUUUAAUCAUUGUUGCGUUGAGUACUGUGAUAGUAAACGAAAGGACAUCAACCUUUAUAGGUUUCCAAAAAGUGAAAUAAUGUCCCAAAAGUGGUUGGAAUGUAUUAAUUCGGAUUCAUUGCGAACCUUGAACACUCAAGAUCUUCGCAAGCAGUAUGUGUGUCGAAAACAUUUUGUAAAAACAUUUUUUACCUCGUCGGGUCAGAGAUCUCGUCUACGUAGCGAUGCAUAUCCAACGAUAUUCAAUCAUGGGACUACAAUGAUAAUACCUGAUGAAGCCAAUAAUGUCAAUGAUGAGCAUAAUUAUAUGAAAAAAAGAAUGCACAUGGAUCAUACCUAUUGUAAACCACAUGUAACAGAGAAACGAAGAAGAAUUGGAGGUGAAAUGUGUACCAUGCCAUCUGCAUCUUAUAUU